GUUAUGUUGGAAAUUGACUCCUCCAUGAAUUGUUUGUUAUGUCUGACAUUUGCAUUAUGUUUUUCUAAAUGCAUUAUAAUUUCAUAAAACAUAUUUGGGUCAUCAAGAAUUGGAGGAUAUUUUCAUCAAUGAAAUAUAAAAUAAUCCACGCCCAAAAUGCUAAAACAUUAACUUGUUUUGCUAGAUAAACUUGUACACGUCUAAAAUAUGAAAUACACCAAACAAAAUGGCGUUUUUCUGUUGACCCUUCUUGGUGACCAAAUUGCAUAUAGUCAAAUACGACAUUUAAAUAAAAUUAUUGCAUUAUAAAUAUUGAUGCAUUUAUGUGCUCUCAUAUAUCCACUGUACCUCCGCCCCGGUAGGUGGCAGCACACAGUGAGGAAGAGGAGAGGAAGAGGCGAGCCUUCACCGCAUAUGAACCGCACAACACAACAGCGCCACUUUUGAGCACUCAUCCACAUCUCUAACAAUAACAUAAGUUGUCAGUCAGUAUUCAAGAACAAACGAGGGAGCAGUGCCACAAAGACAGAGCCUUCAGGUAUAUGUGGAAGGUCCAAGAUGGUUCAAGACAGUGCUCACAUUCGGGGGCGGGGGGGCCAGGACUUUUUGGCCUUCUAUGACUCUGCCUGUGCCAGACAGGAGUCAGUCCCUCUCCCUGCUGUCAAAAUGAACCUGGGCAAAGGAAUACUGGACUUUAAUGGAGACCGGGUCAGACUCACUGACUGGCCCCCGAUUUUAAACUCUAUUUGCAUCAACAAACACUUACAUCACAUUGCAAUAAGUAGCACAUACCAAGCUAGUAUGGCUUCUGGAGAUACAGACAAAAGGUUCUAUAAGUCUUGUCUCAGGAAGAGGAUCCCAGCCUUUCGCUCUAAGGACAUGACAUUUAAACUGUGCAAGGCCCUGAGAGAGUGUCUGACUGUCUCUCCUAACCUGAAGACUCUGCAGCUUAAUGGACUUCCGCUGAGAGAAAGGGACCUCAUCACAUUGACAAAGGGUUUUGCAAAAAGUGUUUCCUUGGAAAACCUAUCUCUGGCUAACUGUCCAAUCUCUGACGAAGGCUUAGAGGUUAUUUGCCAAAGUGUGAAGUAUUCUUCAAGCAUCAGGACGGUAGACUUUACAGGAUGUCAUCUCACCUGGAGAGGGGCAGAGCAUAUGGCCAACAUCAUCAAGCAUCAGGGAAUGCAGAGGCAUGGUACUGCAUGGGCAGAGUCUCUGAGGUAUCGUCAUCCUCAGUUUGAGGGUAUGGGAGGUCUGCGCCGUGUCACACUGAACUGUAACACCUUGAUCGGGGACCGGGGCGCUGCUGCUCUUGCUCAUGAACUGGCAGAGGACCUCUGGGUUAAAGCUGUUGACCUACAGAGGUGUGGUCUGUCCAACGAAGGGGCUCGCCGGUUGCUGGAAGCCUUGAAAACAAAUUCUGCCCUUUGUGUGCUGGACAUCCGUAGCAACCCUUUAAUUGACAAGGUUCUAAUUAAAACAGUUCUAGAGAAAGUACUGAUGAAUGCUGACGGACAGUCUUCAGAGUACUGCUGGAUCAAGCCUGCAGCCUCAGAGCCACAGAGAGCGUCUGCUCCUAAGAGGAGAGUUGUACCCAGCACAGCCAGGGGGAAAACUACAUUUAGGAUAGCCCCUCGUAAAGGACCAUCUCCCAGAGGAGGGAGUUCAGACGCUGCUCCGACCCAGAAGCCUUAUUCCCGCUCAGAGUGUGUACCUUGGCGAGCUGCUGCACGAGCUGAACGCCAGAGAGGUUUUCCUCCUGGAGUUUGUGUGAUGGAUCAAAGCUUUGAGGGUGCAGCUACCGUGAAAGUUACUAUGGAGACGGAUUCAGAGGCAGAUGACUAUGAGGAAGUGGAAGAUGAAGAAUUAGUCUUGGAAGUGGAGCAGAGACCAUCUUCUCCUCAUCUCCAGGACACUGAGCGGAAGUUGAACCAUUUACAGAUGGAGCUAAAAGAAUGUCGUCUGAGACUGGCAGAGGAGCGCAGAGCCAGACUGAGAGCUGAGUCAAGGCUCAUGGAGUACGAGUUGGACAAUGCCCGUCUCCGUGACAACAACCUCUCCCUCUCGGAGGCGUUGGCUGCCACCGGCUCUGCUUCAGCUCCAGCGGCCGUCAGUGCUCUGGAAGAUGAGGCCGUCCUGGAGAGCUUCGAGAGCUCAUUCACAAAGUUCCAUGCCUUCCUGGAUCUCCUCAAGGAUGCUGGUCUCGGCCAAUUAGCCUCAAUGGCUGGAAUUGACAAGUCAGACUUCCAUCCUCCGAGGAGACCUCAGCUCUGCUCUACUUUAGGACGAGGGGAGUAUGGGGACGGUUGGAAGAAGACUGAUGCUCCCUCUUUGGUAGACGUACGCAUCUCGCCCGCUCCUCAUGUCAGACUGCCUGACCGCACGAUGCCCAGAUCGCCACCCUCUGUCAGGGAGUUUUUGCAUGAAGACAGGCUAGGAGAUGUGCUGACCUCCCAUCAUGCCUCUGGACCUGCAGGAGACCCUUGUGUCGGAGGGGAAGAGGAACCAGAUCAUUUUUCAAAGCCUGACACCCAGCAGGACUCAGGUUCUGAGAACAGUUUCCGUAGCCAAAUAUCCUUCGAUAAGGUUUCCUUUGGCAAAACCUUCCAGUCAGGCCAUCCUAAGAGCAACAGCAACUCUCCCAGAAGCAGCGGCUCCCAUAGAUACAGCUAUGCACACAGUCACUCUCUCCAUAGCAACGGCUCUCAUGGUGGACUGUCCGUAAGAUCAAGUGUUAGUGACAUUAUCAGUGACAAGGCUGACUGAGGGGUCAGCGAGGUCGAGCAGCAGGAGGGGGAAGGGGAGGCUAGUGUCAGCAGGUGAGUCGGGGUCAGAGGGGAGGGUCCUGGGGGGGGAGUUCAGACAAUGAGUCUUUCUGACCCACUCAUUCUGUUACAUAUUUUUUGUUUUUAAUCUUUGGGAGAAGCAAGACCAGAGUUAGUCAAUUAAACAUCUUGUUGCAUUCUAGCCAAAGCACAGGUUGUUGAAUAUCCCACCAAAUUAAAAUGUGUUAUUAAUUGAGACACAUAUUUAAAAAAUAAAAUAAUCCAAUGUAUGGUUAGUAAACUGAUUUGGUGGUAUCUACAGUUAAAAAAGUUCAUUGAACAAAAUGUGCAAGAAAAUAUUUGGGUUUUCGAAAUUAAAUCAAGUCACGAGUUGUUUUUGCAUAUCAA